AUGUUCGGUCAGUGGUUAGUGAUGUUAGGUUGUGUAUUUACUUUUACUUCUGUAAUACAAUGUAUGUAGAUUCCUUAAUAUAAUAUUUAUUCGAGCAUGGUAGAUAAAAACUAUGAACUCGGUUACAGGCGAUGAUAUCAAUUGGGUGCUGCCGUACGAAAGAUCUACGAUUGAUGGUAUGUUAAAAGCAGUUGUGCUGUUCCUAAAAGUAAAUGCAUUCUCGUACAACACUGUCUCUAAUUCGGGUUGUUGCAGAUUGUAAGGUACGGUUUUACAAGCAACUUGUAGCUAGUGCUGUGUCACCAUCAGGAGGAAAGCCUGCUUACUUGCGCGAGUUUGCCCACAUUGCCGCCAUCGGUUGGACCAAUGAAGAUCAAAGUGUGCGAUGGUUGUGUGGAGGAUCGUUGAUCUGGGAAAACUUCAUUCUUACCGCGGCCCAUUGCGCAGCUGACGAUAACAAUGUUCCACCAGAUGUAGCUCGUAUGGGAGAUAUCAACAUCUACAGCGACGAAGACGAUGAGUUUGCGCAACAAUUGAAGAUAGUGGAUAUCAUUCGCCACCCAAUGCAUCGAUUUAGCUCGACGUAUUACGAUAUAGCGCUCAUGAAGCUGGAGCGAAAUGUCACCGUUCAUGACACGGUAGCACCGACCUGUCUUUGGCUAGACGAUGAGAUACGCUUCCCCGAGCUGUUGGCGGCUGGCUGGGGCAGAACAGGAUUCGGGGAGGAUACAACAAAGACCCUAUUGAAGGUGCAACUCGCUCCGAUCGACAACGAAAAGUGUUCGACAUACUACAACAAAGGCGAUCGUGUGCUGCGAGACGGCCUAAUGGAACAUCAGCUCUGUGCAGGAGACGAAAAGAUGGACACUUGCCCUGGAGACUCCGGUGGACCACUGCACGUAAAACUGUUCGAUGGUUGGAAAUUAACUCCAUUCCUGGUAGGAGUGACUUCAUUUGGGAAAGCCUGCGGUGUAUCAGCGCCCGGUGUAUACGUGAAGGUUUCGAAGUUCAGUGAUUGGAUCAUUGAAACACUUCAACAUCACGGUGAAAUGGCCACACGUUUCAUGUUUGAGCCGUUGGUUUGUGCUCGUCGUUAUAACAAUUUGCGCGAAUACAAAGAAAACUUGGUGUAUAAAGUGAAUUUACAGGAAUAUAUAGAGUGGUCGAACAUUUACGUCAGUAGCAGUACAAGCAAUUUUACCGUUAAAUUAAGUAGGCAGUACACAAAUGAUUCAGUUAGUAGCAAUUGCUCCGGAACACUGAUCGAACCGAAUGUUGUGUUAACUACAGCAGAAUGUGUUCUUGACGAGAGGCAAGUAUUCUUCUUGUUGUGGCAUUUGAAUGUUUAUUGUAUCAUUUAUUAUCAAUUACAGAGCAAAACCAACGCAUGUUGUACUGGCGAAUGGAAAAAUGAUCGAGGUGUCGGAAAUCAUCGUCCAUCCGUCGUACAAUUCUUCUAUUUCUCCGUUCUAUAACAAUAUCGCUGUCGUGAAGCUGACAUCGUUUGCUCCGAUUAUACCGUUUUGUGGAUGGUAUGGAGAUCCCAAACCAGGACGGAAGUUAUUAAUUACUGGACAACAACUUAUACCGAAUGAGGAAUCC